CGAGUGACAUCAGGACCACCGCACCCCUCCUUGGAUUAUAAAUUCAGCAUGGAUGCCUGCACAAAGCCCUUUCCAAACUCGGAAGGACGCUGUAACUGAGACGCGUGGGGCCGGUCACUGCUGCAAUAAUCAUGGCACCAGCUGGAGCAAAGAGGGGCAUUUUGGAGCGUCUGGAUGCAGGAGAGAUCGUUAUCGGGGACGGGGGCUUCGUCUUCGCCCUCGAGAAGAGAGGUUAUGUGAAAGCGGGGCCGUGGACACCUGAAGCUGCUGCCGAGCACCCUGAAGCGGUGCGGCAGCUGCACAGAGAGUUCCUGAGAGCCGGCUCCAAUGUCAUGCAGACAUUCACUUUCUACGCAAGCGACGAUAAACUGGAGAACAGAGGCCACACUCAGCGCUUCACUGGACAGCAGAUAAACGAAGCAGCCUGUGACCUGGCCAGGGAGGUGGCCAACGAGGGUGAUGCUCUGGUGGCAGGGGGAGUCUCUCAGACCCCCUCUUACCUCAGCUGCAAGAGUGAGGAUGAUGUGAAGGCCAUCUUCAAGAAGCAGAUUGACGUCUUCGUCCAGAAGAAUGUCGACUUCUUGAUUGCAGAGUAUUUCGAGCAUGUGGAAGAGGCCGAGUGGGCAGUCCAGGUGUUGAAGACCACCGGCAAGCCAGUGGCUGCAACUCUGUGUAUUGGACCGGAAGGAGACCUGAACGGAGUCAGCCCUGGAGACUGUGCUGUCAGACUCGUCAAAGCUGGGGCUCAGAUUGUGGGCAUUAACUGCCACUUUGACCCGGAGACCUGUGUGAAGACUGUGAAGAUGAUGAAGGAGGGAGUGGAGAAGGCAGGACUGAAGGCUCACUACAUGAGCCAGCCGCUGGCCUACCACACUCCUGACUGCAACCGCCAGGGUUUCAUCGACCUGCCAGAGUUCCCUUUCAGUCUGGAGCCGAGGAUCCUGACCAGAUGGGACAUGCAGAAGUACGCCCGGGAAGCGUACAAUGCUGGCAUUCGUUACAUCGGAGGAUGCUGUGGAUUUGAACCCUAUCACAUCCGGGCCCUGGCUGAGGAGCUGGCACCCGAGAGGGGUUUCGUGCCUGCUGGCUCAGAGAAACAUGGCACCUGGGGUAGUGGCCUGGAGAUGCACACGAAGCCUUGGGUCAGAGCCAGGGCCCGUCGUGACUACUGGGAGAAGCUGAAGCCUGCAUCGGGCCGUCCCUUCUGUCCCUCCAUGUCCACACCCGACGGCUGGGGUGUCACCAAAGGCCACAGUGACCUGAUGCAGCAGAAGGAGGCCACCUCCCAGGAGCAGCUGAAGGCCCUGUUUGACAAGGCCAACAAAAGCCACUGAGCUCCUCCGAGGCAUCAGUUUGGAAGGAGAAGCCGAAGGGGGUGGCGUGUGAGAAGGCAUACUCACACAUUCCCUUAAGUUUACGUACCAAAAUAAAGAUCGAAAUGCUGAAGUUAUUUCUGUCUUUUUAGGACCAUUUUUUUUACUCACACCUCAAAUUAGCUUUUCUGCCUUAACCAACAAUGAGUGCCUGUUUCAGUACGAUGAUCACGUCUGUGAGCGUUGUGUAAGAAAUGUGACGACAAAGCAGCUGUGAAUGCGUCUAAGUGACACCUUUAACACUCCAUAAGUGCUUGUCAUACAAAAAAAAACUGAAUUAUGUGUAGCAAUAAACUUCUAAUUGAACAACA